AUGCAAGUAGCAGAGAUCCUAUCAGAUCUAACAUCGUUACGAGUCUGUGACCACCACGAUGCUCUGGCGAUGGUCACCGUUAAUGAACGAGUAGCUGCAUCACGGCUUACUUCUGAAGUCCCUGCGGAUGCAGAUGUGGAUUCAGAUAGAACCCUGCCGCAACAGCGUUCAGAGAGAACGGCCCGUGAGGAUCUCCGACGAGCGAAGGAGAUCGUCGAGUUGCAUCACGGGUUCAAGUUGCGACAUGUGGAUGGACGCGUGGAUGAGGAACUCUCGCGUGCUAGGGACUGGGUGGAUCAUGCAACAUUGAAGCUUUCCCCAUCGAAGCCGGGCCGACAGUUCUACCGGGCUCCGGGCGGCGUCAUGUGCCACCUGCGCUGCCUCGCGGCGAUUCGAACAAUCCAGACGAGGAACUGCAGCUUUACGCGUCUCGACUCUUGCAGGAACUCUCCCCCGCCCGCCCCGCCCCUUUUCCUCCCAGGACUCGCAAGGAUGGCGAACAACGUGGAUGCCAAGCUCUUAAAGCAGACCAAGUUCCCUCCCGAGUUUAAUCGGAAGGUGGAUAUGACCAAGGUCAAUAUCGAGGUGAUGAAGAAGUGGAUUGCGGGUAAAAUCUCGGAGAUUCUUGGAAAUGAAGAUGACGUCGUGAUUGAGUUGUGCUUCAAUCUGCUUGAGGGUUCUCGCUUUCCGGACAUUAAGUCUCUACAGAUUCAGCUUACGGGUUUUCUGGACAAGGACACUGCUAGGUUUUGCAAGGAGUUAUGGUCUCUAUGCCUCAGUGCACAGGAAAACGCCCAAGGCGUGCCGAAGGAGCUCUUGGAAGCUAAAAAGUUGGAACUCAUCCAGGAAAAGAUCGAGGCAGAAAGAGCCGCUGAAGAAGCUCGUCGACAGAAAGAGCAGGAGCGGGCACGAGAGCGGGAGUUGGAACAGCUCCGGAGGCGAGAGCGAAACGAGCGCCCUCGAGGAGGUAGAAGAGGUGGGGGCCGCGGAGGUCGCGACUUUGAUAGACGUCGGUCUCCGCCCAGGAGACACAGUCGUGACCGUUUUCGAGACCUUCCGUCUCGACGGGAGUUCGAUUCUUCAUCGCGUUCGAGGUCGCGAGGAUCGCAGGAUAGGGACGCGCGACGAAGGAGAUCUUCGCCGCAUUCCUCAAGAGCCGAUAAGAGAGAAAGCACCGCUAAUUUUGCGAAGGCCCGCAAAUCCCGUGACGAUCACCGUUUGAGUCGCAGCAGAGAGCGCGACAACCACGGUAGGCGCCGACACUCCCGAAGUAGGAGUCUCAGCCGAGGCCGUUCUCGCAGCGACAGUUUCAGCCCCAGACGUCGAGACUCUCGCAGUCGCAGCAACAGCCACGGCAGGGACAGGAAGCGGCGUCGCUCCAUAGAAAGAUAUGCCCCUGCCGCCCGGAGACGGCGUAAUACCUCUUCUUUAUCCAUCCGUGGUGAUAAACGACAGAGGAUGACUGAUCAGGAAGAUGCACGAGGGUCGUCGCCGCCACCAGGGAAACCAAGCUCAACCAAUCGAAACAAGGAUACUGAAGAGAUCGUUCCUUCCUCUACUCGACCUCGUGCACGUAUUCCCAGCACAGAAAUCCGCGAGAAACUCCUUCGCGAAAAGUUGGUUGCCAUGCGACGAACCACAAAUGACCACUAG